AUGAGGUUCCUCUACCUUGUCUUCGCUGUCUUCCUACUGGUCUCCCUGGCCACUCCAGGCUAUGGGCAGAUAAUGAAGUACUGUCCCAAGGUGGGACGCUGCUCCAGUAAGUGUGCCAAGGCGGACGUGUGGUCCUUCUCUGCUGACUGCAA